AUGAACGUGUCGUCGGCCACCGCAUCCAACGCCGGUGCUACGACGCCCGGGAUCCUUAUCAACAACGAGAUGUCGACGUCGUCGCAGCAGGCCGGGACGUCGGCCAGCGCGUCCAACAUGGCGAAACUCAGACGCGAGUCGAUCGCACACUCCCAGGGCAUGGGCGGCGUUUCGUGGGGAUCGCUCACCAUCGGCUCGUGGCUUCGCGACGAGGUGAUGAUCCACACACACAUGUCGCAGGCGCACUCGGGCCACGGCUCGGGAACGCCCCAGCACACCUACAGCGGCAGUGGGGGCCAUGCCACGGGCGGCUCCAACACGGGAAACCUGGCUGGCGGAACCUCGUUCUCUCCCCCGGGCGCAGCGUCCGCGUACCUGCCCAACCUCGAGAAACAGUACUGCAAGGACUACUCGUGUUGCGGACUGCUCUUGCCAGGCCUCCACGACCUGCUCAGACACUAUGAAGAGGCUCACAUCUCCACGUCGCCGGGCACCAUCAACACACAUGCCUCCUCGAUGGCCAACAUCCCGACAAACGUCAGCCAGAUGGGUGGGAUGCCCGGCGCCACAGGCCCCGCACAGAUGGCCAGCAACAAUGCGCUGAAAAAGCAGCGCAUGGCCGCGAUGUACCAGCAGCAGCUCCAGCAGCAGACCCAGGGCCAGCAACAGCAGCGUCAGCAACCACACAUGCAGUUCCAACAGCGACAGUCUCUGCAAGACCCGCAACUGUCUCAACAGCAGCCGCAGCAACAGCAGCAGCUCCACCAGAGUCAUCAGUCUCCCCAGCAUCAUCAUCAGCAACAGCAAACCAGCCACCAUCAAAUGUCACAGUCCACCCAACAGGGACUUCCGCAUCAACAGUCAAGCCCGCAUUUACCACAUCCGCUCGCGGAUCAACAACAGCAUCAUAGCAUCCAAUACCAGCAGUUCGCCAAGCAACAACAACAACAGCAGCAACAUCCCCAGCAACAGCACAACAAUCACUUACAGCAACAAAUGCACAACCAGAUGUUCAACCAGGCCAUGCAACAACAACUGCACGGGGGCCCACAUAACGCGGGCUCGAACACGACCAGCAACGUCCAGCAGUUGCAUCUUAACGGGAAUCUAGUAGACGCGGUUUCCACCAACGAAGUCUUCCUGCAAACCGGCGCGGGUCAAACGGGGAAGAGAGGACCGAUGGCAAACGCGGGAGUCGGCGGAGGUGGCUUUCAAGCCACUCCAGGCAGCCAAGGUACCACCAACAGCGCCAAAAUGCAAGGUGGGUUCAAUAAUUACUCGCUGAACAUGCAACCGCUGGCGAAACAGGGUUUGGACGCCUCAGCUCUGCAACAGUUCCAAUCCCAGCAGCAGCAACAGCAGCAGCACCCCCAGGGCCAACAACAUCACCAGCAGACCGGAAUCCAACAGCACCAAUUGCAACAGCAUCAGCGGCAGAAUGCGCUUCUGCAACAACAACAACAGCAGCAGCAGCUACUACAACAUCAACAACAACAACAGCAGCAACGACUAAUGGGGAACAAUUCUAACGCUGCGAUGAACAGACAACGGUUUACGUCGCAAGUGGGCAGUGUUGGCGCGGGCAUCGACCUGGACUUUAUGGACGCAGACAUUAUUGACGAUUUACAUGACGGCUCUGCUAUCAUGGGCGCGGCUCCACCUCUGUCCGCAGAUCUCGCGAAAGCGUGGAAGCAGGUGGACUCCGGACCAACCGCCAAAAUGUCGACACAUCACCGCACGAAGCUGGGCAACGGCCAGGAUUCCGAGGAUAGCAGUAUGAGUGACGACGACGAAGAGGAAGAGGUUGUGGCUACCACGGUCCCCAUAACGGCCGUCAACAAGCGCAAGCAACAGCCUGGGUUUAUAGACGACCCAGCACGCAGACUCUACGUCAUGGACCAUGAGGAACACAAGCCCUUCAAGUGCCCUGUCAUUGGAUGCGACAAAACCUACAAGAACCAGAACGGGUUGAAGUACCACAAGCUACACGGGCAUCAGAAUCAAAAGCUUCACGAAAACCCAGACGGUACCUUCAGCAUCAUCGAUCCCGAAAGCAACGAGCCCUACCCAGACGGGCUGGGUCUUGAAAAGGACAAACCAUACCGCUGUGAAGUCUGCGGCAAGAGAUACAAGAAUUUGAACGGGUUGAAGUAUCACAGGGGACACUCUACGCAUUAA